AUGGAUCGGCACCGGCCUCGGCUGCACCACCCGAAGCAGGGCUCGGCCGCCGGGGCCCCCUACCCCUCCUCAGCCUCGCUCCGUAGCUGCCGGGAAAGCAAGAUGCCGGGCCGGAAGGGCCCUCAGCACCCUCCGCCCAGCGGCGCGGAGGAACCUGGAGAGAAACGCCCCAAGUUUCAUUUAAAUAUUAGGACACUGACGGAUGAUAUGCUGGACAAAUUUGCCAGCAUACGAAUUCCAGGAAGCAAAAAGGAGAGACCUCCACUUUCCAACCUGAAGACUGCAUUUGCAAGCAAUGAUUGUUCUUCAGAGAUGAUGGAAAACAUUCCAAAGCCACUGUCAGAGAAUGAAGUCUUAAAACUCUUCGAAAAGAUGAUGGAAGAUAUGAAUUUAAAUGAAGAUAAGAAAGCACCAUUGCGGGAAAAGGACUUCAGCAUCAAAAAAGAAAUGGUGAUGCAGUACAUUAAUACUGCUUCCAAGACAGGAAGUCUUAAGAGUAGGCGACAGAUCUCACCUCAGGAAUUCAUCCAUGAACUGAAAAUGGGGUCUGCAGAUGACAUUGUCACAUGCCUGGAGUCCCUCCGCGUAUCUUUGACUAGUAAUCCUGUCAGUUGGGUGGAAAGUUUUGGACAUGAGGGGCUUGGAUUAUUACUGGACAUUUUGGAAAAACUGAUUAGCGGCAAAAUACAAGAAAAAAUUGUAAAGAAGAAGCAGCAUAAAGUCAUACAGUGUCUAAAAGCUUUGAUGAACACACAGUAUGGCUUGGAAAGAAUUAUGAGUGAAGAGAGAAGUCUUUCUCUAUUAGCCAAAGCCAUCGAUCCCAAGCACCCAAGUAUGAUGACAGAUGUGGUAAAACUCCUCUCUGCAGUAUGCAUUGUAGGGGAGGAAAGCAUCCUUGAAGAGGUUUUAGAAGCUUUAACAUCAGCUGGAGAAGAAAGAAACGUUGACAGAUUUUCAUCUAUUGUGGAAGGUCUCAGGCAUGAUUCAGCUCAGCUGCAGGUAGCAUGUAUGCAACUCAUCAAUGCCCUUGUUACAUCUCCUGAUGAUUUGGACUUGAGGCUUCACAUCAGAAAUGAAUUUAUGCGUUGUGGAUUGAAAGAGAUAUUGCCAAAUUUAAAAUGUCUGAAGAAUGAUGGCUUGGAUAUCCAACUUAAAGUCUUUGAUGAGCAUAAAGAAGAAGAUUUGCUUGAGCUCUCCCAUCGCCUUGAAGAGAUUAGAGCUGAGCUUGAUGAAGCAUAUGAUAUUUACAACAUGGUGUGGAACACAGUUAAGGAAACUAGAGCGGAAGGAUAUUUUAUUUCCAUUCUUCAGCAUCUUUUGCUGAUUCGAAAUGAUUAUUUUAUAAGGCAACAAUACUUCAAAUUAAUUGAUGAAUGUGUAUCUCAGAUUGUAUUGCAUAGAGAUGGGAUGGAUCCAGACUUCUCAUAUCGAAAGAGACUAGAUUUAGAUUUAAGUCAGUUUGUCGAUGCUUGCGUAGAUCAAGCGAAGCUAGAAGAGUUUGAAGAGAAAGCAUCAGAACUUUACAAGAAAUUUGAAAAAGAGUUUACCGACCACCAAGAAACUCAGGCUCAAUUGCAGAAAAAAGAAGCAAAGAUUAAUGAACUUCAAGCAGAGUUACAAGCUUUUAAGUCACAGUUUGGUGCGUUGCCUGCCGAUACAAGUAACUCUUCGCCACUGGCAGAAGAAAAUGGAUCCGGCCUCCCAGCACUUGCUCCUUCCCUGCCGAUGCCCUCCUGUGGAGGAGUGCCUCCUCCCCCUCCUCCCCCACCCCCUCCUCCCCUUCCAGGAAUGCCCUUGCCCUUUGGUGGUCCUGUGCCUCCACCGCCUCCCCUGGGAUUUCUCAGUGGGCGAAACUCUCCUCCUCCACCAACCCUACCUUUUGGGUUAAAACCAAAGAAAGAAUUUAAGCCCGAAACCAGCAUGAGAAGAUUGAAUUGGUUAAAGAUCAGACCUCAUGAAAUGACUGAAAACUGUUUCUGGGUUAAAGCAAAUGAAAAUAAGUAUGAAAAUGUGGAUUUGCUUUGUAAACUUGAGAAUACGUUUUGUUGCCAACAAAAAGAGAGAAGAGAAGAGGAAGAUUUGGAAGAGAAGAAAGCUAUUAAGAAAAAAAUUAAAGAGCUUAAAUUUUUAGAUUCUAAAAUUGCCCAGAACCUUUCAAUCUUCUUGAGCUCUUUUCGGGUGCCAUAUGAGGAAAUCAAAAUGAUGAUAUUGGAAGUGGAUGAAACACAGUUGGCAGAGUCUAUGAUUCAGAACCUAAUAAAGCAUCUUCCAGAUCAAGAACAGUUAAGUUCACUGUCUCAGUUCAAGAGUGACUAUAACAACUUAUGUGAACCCGAGCAGUUUGCUGUUGUGAUGAGCAAUGUGAAGAGACUCCGGCCACGGCUCAGUGCUAUUCUCUUUAAGCUUCAGUUUGAAGAGCAGGUGAACAGCAUCAAACCUGACAUCAUGGCUGUCAGUACUGCCUGUGAGCAGAUAAAGAAAAGCAAAAGCUUUAGCAAGUUGCUGGAACUUGUGUUGCUAAUGGGAAACUACAUGAACGCUGGCUCCCGGAAUGCUCAAACCUUCGGAUUUAACCUUAGCUCUCUCUGUAAACUAAAGGACACGAAAUCCGCAGAUCAGAAAACAACACUACUUCAUUUUCUGGUGGAAAUGUGUGAAGAGAAGUACCCUGAUAUCCUGACUUUUGUGGAUGAUUUGGAACAUUUAGACAAAGCUAGUAAAGUCUCUGUAGAAACGCUGGAAAAGAAUUUGAAGCAGAUGGGAAGGCAGCUUCAACAGCUUGAGAAAGAUUUGGAAACCUUUCCCCCUCCUGAGGACUUGCAUGAUAAGUUUCUGACAAAGAUAUACAGCUUUGUUAUCAGUGCAAAAGAACAAUACGGGAAACUUUUAAAGUUACACGAAAACAUGGAAACGUUAUACCAGAGUGUGAUGGGAUACUACGCCAUUGAUGUGAAGAAGGUGUCUGUGGAAGACUUUUUUAAUGACUUGAAUAACUUCAGAACCACAUUCAUGCAAGCAAGAAAGGAGAACGUAAAAAAAAGAGAAGCAGAGGAAAGGGAAAAACGUGCCCAAAUAGCCAAAGAAUUAGCAGAGAAAGAAAGACUUGAACGCCAACAAAAGAAAAAGCGCUUGUUAGAAAUGAAGACUGAGGGUGAUGAGACAGGAGUGAUGGAUAGUCUGCUGGAGGCUUUGCAGUCGGGGGCUGCCUUCCGCGACCGAAGAAAAAGGACACCAAAGCCAAAAGAUAUUCGGCAAAGUUUCAGUCCCAUGUCUCAGAGGCCUGUUCUGAAAGUUUGUAACCAUGAAAAUCAGAAAGUGCAGUUGACAGAAGGGUCACGUUCACACUACAAUAUCAAUUGCAACUCAACGAGGACUCCAGUCGCCAAGGAGCUUAAUUAUAAUCUAGACACUCAUACGUCUACAGAGAGGAUCAAGGCAGUUGAGAAGAAGGAAGCCUGUAAUGUAGAAAGCAACAGAAAAAAGGAAAUGGAACUUCUUGGCUCUGUUUCUAAAAACGAAUCUGUUCCCGAAGUUGAAGCCCUGCUGGCAAGAUUACGAGCUUUAUAA